GAGUGUGGUUCUUUGGAAUAGAGUUCUCUCUUAUUGUGAAAGCGUCUAUGAGUGACAGACACGUGGUCUUGAUCUCCAAAGAAAACACGAGGUUUCUGUCAGGUGGAUUUGGGUUCUUUCGGUUUAAAAAAUGUUGAUGAGUGUUUGACUGUAUCUCAUUAAAUAAGGAUUUAAGUCCAUGCAUUUUGCAUAUAGGAAUAUUAUAUCAAAACACAUAAUGAUAGUUUUUAUAGUGCUUGUUUCUAAACUAAUUGCACAUGGACAAGCGAUAACAGAUGUAACAGUACGUGGUCCAGUAUUUGAGUAUGAACCACCACCACGAGUUGAUUUUGAUAACUCAACUGGAGCUGUGAUUCGAUGUUCUGCAAAAAGUCAACCAAUGCCAGAUGUUUGGUGGGAAACGAAAAAUGGAACUACAGUACGGGAUAUACCAGGACUACAGCAUGCACGCCCAGAUGGAUCUUUAGUGUUUUCUCCAUUUUCUCCAUUACAGUACAGACGAGAAGUACAUGAUGCAAUUUAUCGCUGUGUUGCUUCCAAUACAGCUGGGAAACUUGGAAGCCGAGAAGUUCGAGUUCGAGCAGGUAGGGUUUAUCAAAAUAGAUUUAUUUUUUAAAGAAUAUAUAAUGUAUUUCUGGUGAUUAAAUGUGUAUAAGCUGUGCAAGUGAAACUUAUGAACAAGCUUUACUCAAGACUUAAGCUUCUUUCUGCAUACAUUCAAAUUGAAUAGACUAAUGGCUAACUAACUGGUUUAGAAAACAUAUUCCUAAAUAUUAGGAGAUUCAUUAGUUAAACAUGACAGAAGGUAACAGUAAGUCAGAAUUAAUAUGAAUAUGCUACACAUUUCAAUUGAUUCGGUAGCGAAAAUAUUGCUUUUCCAGGACUAGUCAUUGAGGAAAUUUGUGAAGAGGAAUUUGGAAUUUUUUUACCCACAAACUACACUGUAAAAAAUUGAUGAGAAAAUUAUGGUCUAAUGAACUGAU